UUCCCACUCUCUUUUCCAACUCUUCCUCUUCCGCUUUAAAACUCCACCACCACCGCCGUUUCUCUCUCUCUCGGGAUGGGAAUUGACUGACGAUGUCCUCUGUUUGUCCGUUCUCUGUCGUUUUGGUUUUGUGGAACAUCAUCGUAAUCGGCGCCAAAAUUCCUUCUACUCUGGAUGGCCCGUUCAAGCCCGUCACAAUCCCUUUCGAUGCCAAUUUGCGCGCCAACGCCAUCGAUUUACCCGCUACAGAUCCUCGGGUUCGCCGGAAAGUCAAAGGUUUCGAGCCCGAGCAGAUAUCAGUUUCCCUCUCCGCGUCUUAUGAUUCCGUUUGGAUUUCCUGGGUCACAGGGGAAUUUCAAAUUGGCAGCAGCAUAAAACCAUUAGACCCUAAAACUGUGGCAAGUGUUGUUAGAUAUGGGGCACUAAGGUUUCCAUUAACUCAUGAAGCUCAAGGUUACUCUCUUGUUUAUAAUCAGCUCUACCCUUUUGAAGGUCUCCAGAACUACACUUCUGGAAUCAUUCACCAUGUUCGCCUAACAGGGUUAAAACCCAACAUGCUAUACUUUUAUCGUUGUGGAGAUCCUUCUAUACGAGCCAUGAGUGUUAUUUACUCUUUCAAGACAAUGCCAGUAUCUGGACCUCACAGCUACCCUGGUAGAAUAGGUAUAGUGGGAGAUCUUGGUCUCACGUACAACACAACGACCACAAUUGGUGACUUGGCUAGUAACAAGCCUGAUGUUGUAUUAUUGAUUGGUGAUGUAACUUAUGCAAACCUAUAUCUCACAAAUGGAACUGGCUCUGAUUGCUAUUCCUGCUCAUUUUCGGAAACUCCUAUACAUGAGACUUAUCAACCUCGUUGGGAUUACUGGGGAAGGUUUAUGCAACCUUUAAUUUCUAAAGUUCCAAUUAUGGUGGUAGAAGGGAACCAUGAAAUAGAAGAACAAGCUGGAAACCGAACAUUUAUGGCUUACAGUUCUCGAUUUGCAUUUCCGUCUGAAGAAAGUGGAUCUUCAUCAACAUUCUAUUACUCCUUUAAUGCAGGAGGCAUACAUUUUAUGAUGCUUGGUGCAUACAUUGCUUACAGUAAAUCAGCCGAUCAAUACAGGUGGCUAGAGCGAGAUUUGGCUAGUGUUGACCGAUCUGCAACUCCAUGGCUGAUUGCUGCUUGGCAUCCACCUUGGUACAGUUCUUACACAGCUCAUUACCGAGAUGCUGAAUGCAUGAGGGUGGCUAUGGAAGAAUUACUUUACUCUUAUGGUGUUGAUAUAGUAUUCAAUGGACAUGUUCAUGCCUACGAGAGGUCAAAUCGAGUUCGUAACUACACAUUAGAUCCUUGUGGUCCAGUAUAUAUCACUGUUGGAGAUGGGGGUAACCGAGAAAAGAUGGCAGUUGAACAUGCUGAUGAACCUGGUAAGUGUCCAGAGCCAUCAACAACUCCUGAUGAAUACAUGGGUGGCUUUUGUGCGGCAAAUUUCACAACUGGCCCAGCGGCAGGUAAAUUCUGUUGGGACCAGCAACCCGAUUACAGUGCUUUUAGGGAGAGUAGCUUCGGCCAUGGAAUCCUAGAGGUGAAGAACGAUACAUGGGCUCUGUGGACAUGGUAUCACAAUCAGGCCUCGCAGAAAAAAGUCGGCGACCAAAUCUACAUUGUUAGGCAACCUGAUAAAUGCCCUGUACAUCAUACACCACCUGAACCGGGUUUUGCAGACAGUUAAAUGAUGUUGUCAGGAAUCCAUGAUGGUCUCUCAUUUGUGCAUUUGUUUUAUUUUUCUGAAGCAAUCUCUAUGCUGGAGCAGAUGGGGACAUUCUGAUCACACCUGAAUCAGUGAGGAUGCCGCAGCAUAUUCGGUCGUUCUUCACCAUGGAACACUUGAGCACAUAUGAAAUCUGCUGUUUACUACAGAUUGUUGUAUUGUAAAUUUUGAGAAAGUUAAAGCUUACAUGUUGUAACAAAAUGUUAAAAUGGAAAACUAUUUGGUUCUUUCAGCUGUGGAUACACCUCUACGUUUCCAUCAGACUGUCUCGAGUGAGAAUCAAGACGUUAUAGAAUAAGAUUGUCACUGGAACGGGGGUAUUGUAUGGAUAUAUUUUAUACAAAAGAAAUGCAAAGUUACUGAUGUUGGGCUUGUU